AUUUGUCUAUGGAUGCCAAGUGGACGUCUGAAAAAUUUUGACGUUUCCGACGUUUCGUCGAUUUGCACUGUUUGCGUGUAAAAAGUACUUUGUGCGUAACUGCAUUUAUUUAAAAUUAAAUUAUACACACAAACUUAAAUUAAUUAAUUAACAAUGGCUUCGCCACGAACCCGCAGGAAGCUCAACUCUAUUAGAAAUAUCGACGAUAAUAACAAAUGUUUCGAGUGUGGCACAUUAAAUCCGCAAUGGGUUUCUGUUACGUAUGGAAUCUGGAUAUGCUUAGAAUGCUCAGGGGUGCACCGCAGUCUAGGAGUUCACCUUUCAUUCGUUCGAAGUGUCACCAUGGAUAAAUGGAAGGAUUUGGAGCUAGAGAAAAUGAUGGUAGGGGGCAACGGGAAGGCUCGAGAUUUCUUCGAGAGUUCGUCGGACUACAAGCCCGGCAUGACAAUACCUCAGAAGUACAACACAAAGGCGGCUGCUAUGUACCGGCAAAAGAUCGCUUUCUUGGCAGAAGGCAAACCGUGGUCCGCUGAUGAUUUCACUCAAGAAACUGCACAAAAGAGUGCCGCGUGGUCGUCCGAUUAUUACAGCUCGGACAAUAGUGCGACUUAUCACCGAACCAACAGUGGCUCUGAAGCAAGCUACCAAUGGUCUGGUUCACCUAAAGAGUCGCUGUCCACGCCCAUGAGCCCAACCCACGGAGGCGAGAAUGCAGUCGAUCAAACCCUAGCUUCCCUUGCAUCUGGAUGGUCCCUAUUUACUUCAUCUGUCAGCAAAGCUGCUCGCACUGCCACUGAAAGCGCCGUGCGUUACGGAGGCAUCGCAUCGCAGAAAGUGACCGAGAUGGCUUCUACCGUUACCGAAAGGGUCAACAACCGCGCUGGUUGGAGCACCCUUGGUGGAAGCACUGAUCAGCGUCGUGGAUCGCAAACCUCGGGCUCAUAUCAAUCCUCUGGCUACGGAGCAAUGAAGACCUCGGCAUCGGAACCCUACUCUUCAUGGAACGAACAGUUGCAACCGUGGAAAGAGUCGGUUGCAGCCCGAAACAACCUGGACACCCGCGAUCUAUCGCAAGUGGGCGUCUCCAGUCCACCGCCGGAUAUAAAGAACCUCACCAUAAAAAAGAAGAAUACAUCAGAUGAGGAUUCUUGGGAUUGGCUUAACAACUAAGCUACCAAGCUUCAAUGCAGAGUAAGGCCGCGGCGACCAGGUGGCUGUGUUUGCGUUCACGUCACUUCAUCAUGAUUUUCUUAAUUUAAUUUUCUGUCACCACCGUGAAUUGUAUCGGAAUUAUUACUUGUUUACAAAAGUUGUUUAUGAAAUGUUCAUAAUAAUUUGACCUACAUACUAGGUACUGUUUUUAUAGUUGUGGGUUACGCAAUUUUUACAGUUGUUUAGUUAAUAAUCUUAUACAAUAAUGCAAAUGUAUUAUACUUAGUUUCUAUGCGCACGUCGGUUACAUUGUGAUUUCAACACUGAUGCUUUUAUUACAUACAAAGUUUUACGCUUAAAGUAAACUUCGCAAUGUAUUCGGAAAUACCUUAAUUAGAACAUUCCAAAUUAGUUGGUGGUUUAUUAUAUACAUCGAAUUUUUAACGUUUUGUGGAACCACGGCUAUUAUGUAUAUGAGGCUUUGUGUAAAUUAUCAAUUGGAUCAAACUUUAUUUUUUAUUACAUUGACAGUUUACUGCUUCAAUCUAAGUAUGCGACAAAAUCGUCAUUGUUUAUUGAAUUGAUUAAUUUAGAACAAAUGUUUCUUAAGUUUUUUAUCAUACGACUCAUUUGUGUUCGUUAAUUCUUUGAAAUGUUAUAAAUUUUAUCGAAACGUCAAUUAAGGCGCACCAUAUACCGCCAUUUUGACGUAAUAACGCUUCGUCCAAAAACGCGAGGGUAAUAGUUCAUUAUUAAUCUGUGCUAACAUUCUCUAACGUCCUAUCUUUUCCGUAACGAUGCCCCUUGGUCGAAGUGAGCUUUAUUAGCUUUACAGGCCUUACCACGCGUUGCUCUGGCCUAUGAUUAAUCAUUAGUGUUAAGAUGUAAGAAUGGUUAUAUGAGGGAUGCACGUUUUGUACUCGCGUGUGGAGUGAUUGAAAGCCUAGGCAUCGUAUUUAGCCUGUCUGGAAACAGUUGAUUAUUACAUACUUUAAGAUAUACUUACAUAUGUUAUUGCAACUGAUGUGUUUAACAUAUCAAGUCAUGUUCGACGCAUGAUAAAAUGCAUCACGACUUCAUAGUUGUAUUCUUCAUAAUAUUAGUUGCAUUAGUAUGAGCCCAUUAAAACAAGUUGAAGUAAUAGGCGCGGGGAGUAUGUCUGACCACCAGACCCACAAUGGAUCGCAUUUAUGAAUAAGUUAGACAAUUUUUACCGUAAUUUUUUUAGUUAAUGAAUUCGGCACGUCAGGUGUUCCGUUUCCCGUCCGCGAAGACGGUUAGCAUAAUUGUUUAGUAGAAUUAUAUUGUAAUCUCUCGUUUUUUUAUUCUCAGUGACGUUCCUAUUCGUUUCUGAUUAUUGUUGUAUUACAUCUAAUGUUGCCAUUCGAUGUCGAUAGAUCUAUGAGUCUAUAUUGCUUCCCUUAUUAAUGUUUGGCCAGUCUCCUACCGUCCUGUUUACUAACUAAAAUAAGUAUUUUUCUUAUCUUCUUCAUUAAAUUUAUUUAUCGACAUCGAUAAAGCCUUAUCCACGCUGAAGAUGGGGAUUGAAAAUUCUGUACAAAAAUAGGGAUAGAUUUAAGUAGCUAGGGAUUAUUUACACAGCUGGAUGGGGCUUCAUAUUAUUCCAGGUACCUUUAGCUUUGAUUAUAUUCAAAUUAUUUUAAUUAGAUAUUUUUGAUAAAGUAAGAUCAAUACCUAUGUAUCUAUAAUUAUGUUAUGUAAAAAAUACUACCUAUAGUUGUUUUUAUUUUACUUUUAAGAUUCGUAUGGUAUGUUAAAUGAGGUGGGCUCACUGUGGGCUAUGUAGUAAUUAAACAUUUUAUUGAUUAAAUAAUUAAUGAAUAAAUCUAGAUUAAAC